AGGUUAAGUGCAUGACACUGAUGAUGAUUUUAGCUGUUUCACAUGUUAGUUUUAGUAUUCUUGUCAAACUUCAAAGAGUGGGAAGUGAACAAGGUUGACUUUGUUACGCAGUCGUCGCUGUAUUUCAGCUGAAGCAAGAUGAGUGAGAAGGCUCCCGUAUCACACUAACUUGUCUAUAUGAAUGCUUGAUGUAAGAAUAAGAUCCAUCCAUCUAGUACUCACCCAAAUAUCAUUACAGAAAACAAGCAUGUCUCAGUCUCCACGGUUGACAUUUUCAGCCUUUAUACUCUCUACUCUCCUGCUUGGAGUUCUUGCUGCAGAUCCAGGCCUGGAAGCUGAAGCUCAGGCUUUAAAAGCAUUCAAGAAGUCAAUCUUCAACGACCCUUCCAGCGCCCUUCUGGAUUGGAAUGACACCAACCAUCACUGCAACUGGUCUGGAAUUGCGUGUGAUCCUCUGUCGGGAAAUGUCGUUUCCGUUUCUCUGGUUGACAAGCAGCUGGCGGGGGAGAUUUCUCCAUUCCUUGGAAACCUUACUUAUCUUCAGGUUCUUGACUUAACUCUAAACUCAUUCACAGGAAGAAUUCCUCCCCAGUUGGGGUCUUGCUCACAGCUUACCCAAUUGAUCCUUUAUGCAAACUCUCUUUCUGGUUCUAUUCCAGCAGAGCUUGGAAAUCUGAAAACUCUGCAGGCAAUGGACUUAGGGGAUAAUUUUUUUAAUGGAAGCAUCCCUGAGAGUUUAUGCAACUGUACUGCAUUAAUACAACUUGGAUUCAUCAACAAUAAUCUAACAGGGACAAUUCCACAAGAUAUUGGUAAUUUAGUAAAUCUUCAGUUAUUCGUAGCGUUCGGUAACAAGUUAGAGGGCUCCGUACCUGCUUCCAUUGGCAAAUUGAAAGAACUGCAGGCUCUUGAUCUAAGUGAAAACCAGCUAUCUGGAAAAGUCCCUCCAGAAAUUGGGAACAUAUCCAACUUAGAAACUCUUCAGUUGCAUGUGAACUUGCUUUCUGGAGAAAUCCCACCUCAACUGGGUUAUUGUAGGAAGCUAGUUCGUUUGAACAUAUUCACCAAUCAUUUCACUGGUAGCAUUCCCUCUGAACUUGGCAAUUUGGUCAACUUAGAAGCCUUAAGACUGUACAAAAACAAGCUGAGCUCCACAAUUCCAAACUCUUUGUUCCAGCUGAAAUCCUUAACCCACCUGGGACUCUCUGAGAACGAGUUGGUGGGUACAAUUUCAUCUGAGAUAGGCUCUUUGAGAUCUCUUGAAGUGUUAACUUUGCAUUCGAAUAAUUUCAGUGGUGAGAUUCCUUCGAGUAUAACACAAUUGAGCAACUUAUCCUACCUGUCUAUAGGCUUCAAUUCAUUCACAGGACCUCUUCCAACUGACAUUGGAUUGCUGUAUAAUCUGAAGAACCUGACAGCAAGUGACAAUCUCCUAGAGGGAUCCAUUCCAUCUAGUAUUAUCAACUGUACACGUCUUCUUGUCAUAACUUUGACAAGUAACAGAAUUAGUGGGAAAAUACCUCAGGGGUUUGGCCAAUUAUCUAGCCUCACAUACAUGUCAUUAGGGAACAAUAGAAUCUCAGGGAUCAUUCCUGAUGACCUCUUUAACUGCUCAGAACUUGAAGUGCUGGAUUUAAGUCAAAACAAUCUCAAUGGUAUGCUGAAACCACAGAUUGGGAAACUGGUUAAACUCAGAAUUCUAGGAGCUCGAGAUAAUUCAUUUUCUGGACCAAUUCCAAAAGAGAUUGGCAAUCUUAGUCGACUGAUAUAUUUGGAGAUUCAUGGAAAUAGAUUUUCAGGCCCAGUUCCACGGGAACUUUCAAAACUCACAGUUCUCGAAGGCCUUUCUCUGAAUGACAACGAGCUGGAUGGAGUAAUUCCUGAAGAACUUUUUGAGCUGAAACAAUUAACCGAACUUCGGCUGCAGCACAAUAACUUGGUGGGUCCAAUUCCAGAUGCUAUCUCAGAACUUGAAUCACUUUCUUAUUUGGAUCUCAGCGGCAACAAGCUCAAUGGGACCUUUCCGAAAAGCUUACAGCGUCUUCUCCGACUGACAACCUUAGAUCUUUCACACAAUCAUUUUACUGGAUACAUUCCAGGAUCAGUGAUUGCAGCUAUGAAGAAUAUGCAGAUCUACCUCAACGUUUCACAUAAUAUCUUCGAUGGGACAAUCCCAGAGGAAAUAGGCAUGCUGGAAAUGGUUCAGGGGAUUGACAUGUCUAAUAAUAAUAUAUCAGGAAGCAUUCCUCUUUCUCUAAGAGGCUGCAGAAAUUUGAUCUCCCUGGAUCUGUCUGGGAACAGAAUUUCUGGUCAACUUCCGGGUGAAAAUUUUCCUCGACUUAAUCAACUGGUGAGCUUGAACCUGUCAAGGAAUCAGUUAGAUGGUGCACUUCCUGAAACAUUGGGAAGCAUGAGGUAUCUCUCCAUGGUUGAUUUGUCUCAGAACAAAUUCAGUGGCAGCAUUCCAGAGAGUUUUGCCAACAUCUCAAGCUUGAAAUAUCUCAAUCUUUCUUUCAAUUUGCUUGAAGGUCAUGUUCCUGAGGCUGGGGUUUUUAAGAAUAUGACUGCAAGCAGUUUACAAGGAAAUCCAGCUCUUUGUGGAACAAAUUAUUUGAAGCAUUGCAAAGAGAAGAGCAAUCGAAGGAGCUUCCACCAUUUCUCAAAUAAAGCCCUGGCCAUCCUUUUGGCACUGGUAUGUGUUCUUCUACCCAUUAUUCUGCUGUCAGCAUAUUAUGCCAUGCGCCAAAUAAUCAAGAAGCGCAACAGAAGGGUUGGAAAUCCAAAAGUUGAGUACCCUUCAGCAAUUACCCUCAAAAGAUUUGAUGCUAAGGAUAUAGCAACUGCUACUAAUUCCUUCAGUCAGGAUAACAUAAUUGGGUCGAGCACUUUAAGUACUGUCUACAAGGGCACCUUGGAAGAUGGGAAGAAAAUAGCUGUAAAGAACUUGAAUUUGCACCAGUUUGCAGCAGAGUCCGAUAAAUUCUUCUACAGGGAAGUCAAUACUUUGGGCCAAAUACGACACAAGAAUCUGGUCAAGGUUCUAGGUUAUGCUUGGGAGAGCGGAAGCCUUAAAGCAUUAGUCCUGGAAUUCAUGGAGAAUGGAAGCUUGGACAAGAUAAUACAUGAUCCGCAUACAGAUCAUCCCGGCUGGUCAUUAGCAGAGCGCGUUGAUGCUUUAAUUUCCAUAGCUAAUGCGUUGGUGUACUUGCACUCAGGUUAUGAUUUUCCUAUAGUGCACUGUGACUUGAAGCCUUCCAACGUUCUUUUGGAUGGUAAGUUGGAAGCUCGCGUAAGUGAUUUUGGCACCGCAAGGAUACUUGGUAUUCAUCUUGAUGAUGGAGCCAGUAUUUCCUCAUCAUCAGCAUUCGAAGGAACUAUUGGCUACUUGGCUCCAGAAUUUGCAUACAUGAGGAAAGUUACAACAAAGGUGGAUGUCUUCAGCUUUGGCAUCAUAGUGAUGGAGUUGAUCACAAAAACGAGGCCAACAGGACUCAUGGACGAGGAUGGAUUGCCCAUCACAUUAUCACAACUUGUCCAGCAAGCACUUCAACAGGGAAUCAACCGCCUCUAUGAAGUUUUGGAUCCUCAUUUCAAGUCAUAUGAUUCCGAGAAACAAGAAGCUUUAGAAGGGCUUCUUCAUUUAGCAUUGUCCUGCACCAGCCCAAAUCCAGAUGACCGCCCUGACAUGGAACAAGUGCUGCCUUCUCUUUCAAAGAUUCGUAAAAUGACGUGAAAUACGAAGGACCGCUUCUUUCACCUUAACUUAGCAACAUGAUGAAGCAUCAUAGCUGAAAUAUCCAUACAAAAUGUCUUGUACUCGUAGCUGCAGGAAAAUAGUAGUAUUUUCCUUUAAACUUACUUUCAGUAUGAAUUGUCACUGUAAAAUAUGCAGAUCAAUAAGCCUGAUCCAUCUGCAGGACAUUAUGCAACUAUAGAGGGAAUUCAGGCCUACAUGAACCAUCACAAUUCACAAAUCCUAAGCUGAAUAUUGUACAAAG